GAAUCUCGUGCUGCUGCGUGAGAGGAAAAUGUUGAUACGGUGAUUCGAAUGAUAUAAAUCAAUGUUUACGAAAUGUAGCUUAAUUAGUCAGCCUUAAAUCUGUCGACUUUGCGAAUUGCACAUGAAAUUAACCGAAAUCUAGAUUUGUGAUGGCUAUAAUGGAAGGACCAUUAAGUAAAUGGACAAAUGUCAUGAAAGGUUGGCAGUAUAGGUGGUUUGUUUUGGAUGAUAACGCAGGAUUGCUGUCAUAUUAUACAUCCAAAGAAAAAAUGGUUCGAGGAGCUCGAAGAGGUUGUGUUCGUUUAAAGGGGGCAAUCAUUGGUAUAGAUGACGAAGAUGACAGUACUUUUACUAUUACUGUUGAUGAGAAAACAUUUCAUUUUCAAGCUAGAGAUACUGACGAAAGAGAUAAAUGGAUUCAUGCUUUGCAAGAUACAAUUUUGCGACAUACUCAGUGUUUUUCUGGUCAAACGAGAUGGAAUGACUUACACUCUGUUUCAAGUUCACUUCUUGAUUUUGAUAAAAAGUUAACAGAGGCGGAUGCCUAUCUUCAACUGCUGAUUGAUCAAAUAAAGGAUUUGGAUAAUGUAAUUAGUCAGUGCUCAUCAGAUGCUGAUAAAACCCAACUCACUGCUGUUAGGGAUAGUGCAAACAAUGUUCUUGAAGCGGUUAAACAUUCCAUUGUUCUACUUCAAAUUGCAAAAAAUACAACUCAUCCUGUUAAUGGAUUUUAUAGUGUUUGUAAUGGCCCUAGCUCAUCAGAAGGAAAAUUAAAGCAAUCUGAUAAAAAUGAAAGUGAAGGUUUGAAGUCAUUAAAUGAGUUCAUUCCUGAUGUGGAAUGUGCUGUAGAAUGUAGUGAAGAUGUUAAUAUUGACAAACUUCAAGGAAAUUUGAAUUUAGUCGUACCAGAAACUUCUUACUCAAGUAGUGAUGAUGAAGACUUCUUUGAUGCUAAUGAGGAUGCAAUCAGUUCAGUCCAGAACCCCAAUAUUGAAACUGCAAACACCGGCGAAGAAAGACGCCUUUCACAUACCCACCGCCUUACAAGUCAAGAUUAUGAUGCUUUGUACGAAGACGACGAAGAGGAAUUAGGAUCUAUGGGAGGACAAGGAAGUGUAAUUAGUCAUUUAUUGUCUCAAGUGAAAAUUGGAAUGGACCUUACAAAAGUUGUUCUUCCAACUUUUAUUCUUGAACGGCGAUCUUUACUUGAAAUGUAUGCUGACUUUUUUGCUCAUCCAGAUUUAUUUAUUACCAUUCCAGAUUUCGAUGAUCCAAGAGAUCGUUUUGUGCAAGUUAUACGAUGGUAUUUGUCUGCAUUCCAUGCUGGUAGAAAAAGCUCUGUUGCUAAGAAACCGUACAACCCUAUUCUUGGUGAAAUUUUUAGGUGCUUUUGGCACAUACCAACCAUUCAAGAAAUAGAUGACUCUCCUAAAUUGGUUGAAGAAGGACCUGUUCCAUGGGCUACACAGGACCACUUAACAUUUAUCGCAGAACAAGUGUCUCAUCAUCCUCCCAUAUCUGCAUUUUAUGCUGAGCAUGUAAAUAAAGGUAUCAGUUGCACUGCUCACAUAUGGACAAAAUCAAAAUUUCUUGGUCUUUCCAUUGGAGUGCAAAACAUUGGACAGGCUAUGAUAAACGUUUUAAAACACAAUGAAGAAUAUAUUUUAACAUUUCCAAAUGGUUAUGGGAGGUCUAUAUUAAAUGUGCCUUGGAUUGAACUGGGUGGACCUGUGACCGUAUCUUGUCCUCAAACUGGUUAUCAUUCAAAUAUUGAGUUCCAUACAAGGCCUAUUUAUGGUGGUAGAAAACAUCGUAUAACGGCACAGAUGUUUGCUCCAAGUGAAAAAAAACCUUUUGUAACUGUAACCGGGGAAUGGAAUGGAAUAAUGGAAGCAAAGUGGUCAACCGGGGAAACAGAAGUUUUUGUGGAUACUAGGACAAUACCUAUAAUAAAAAAGAGAGUUAAGCCUUUAGGGGAACAAGAAAUUUAUGAAUCCAGAAAACUUUGGAAAGAUGUGACUGCUGCAUUAAGGAUACGAAAUGUAGAAGCUGCAACUGAAGCAAAAUUCCUCUUGGAACAAAAACAGCGGCAAGAAGCCAAGGACAGAUUAGAAAACAAGGAAAAAUGGGAAACUAGGGCUUUUCAUGAAAUAGGAGAAAAUUGGAUGUAUGAUAAAUCCCUUCAAAUUCGGCUAUCUAGUAAAGAAAAUCCAAAGCAGUUCGUGGAAGAUGAAGAUAUUUAAAUUAAACAUAUAAUCCCUUUAUUGAAUUUCUUUUUUUAAACAAUUUCAAACCAUAAAUGGACUUAUUAAAUUAUUAAAAUGAUAAAUAAAAAUGAUGAAAUAUUGGUUAAACACACUAAAGUUUUUUUUUUCUCUCUCUCUCUCCAUAUAAAAGUGACUAUUUUAUGCCUUUCCUACACCUUUUCAGAUAUAUUUUAAUUUAUUCAUAAUCAUGCAACUUUAAUAGCUUUUGUCUCCUUGUGAUAACUUUUCAUUGUAUUUAUUCAAUGUGUAAGCUAGUUUUUGUAUGUACAUAUCAAUCAAUUUUCUAUUUUCUCUAAUCCAUGUAAUUCAAAUUUCAUGACGAGCCUCCAAUUCAACAACUUCCAGCUGAAUAUGCAACACAUCACUGAAAAGUGUUUCAAAUAUUUGUUUUUGUUAGAAAAUGUGACAUAUCUUUGUUUUAUUGUUAGAUCAUUUUAAUUUUAUAUUUACUAUUAUAUCAAUAUAAUUUAAAAACCAUUACAAUAUAAUUAGUUUAUAAUGUGUUAAAAAAUUAAGUUUUCCUUUGUGUUGUUGAAAAUUUUGUUAUACUUGUCAUGAAUUAUUUCCUUUUGGAAAAUUUUCAUAUUAUGAUUAUUUAAAAAGGUUAUAUUUAAUGCUUAUUCUCAUAUUUUUUACCCAUUACUAUGCUCUUGUUUUAAUAAUUAUUCUUUCUUGUUUGAAAAAUAGUGAAAUUGAGAUUUAAUCAAAUGUAGGAUGUAAAUACUUUUAAUUCAUUGAGUUACAAAAUUAAAGUAAUUUUUAAAAUGAUGCUUAUAACACAUAUGUAAAAUAAGGUUGGAGUUUCAACAUUGUAGAGCUGAAUUUUUACUUAGUGACUCAUAAUUGAUUUUUCAGUGUAAAAUGAACUUUGAAUCUGGCUGAAUGUUGCUUUUAAAAAAAAAUUGCUCAGUGAAAGGUCUAAUAUCAGGGUUUUGGCAAGUCCUGAUAAUAGGCCCUCAGCAUAAACAAAGAUUAAAAUAAGUCUUACGCAAAAUAAAUAAAUAAAAUAUUUAAUGGCAGUUUAUUAUUUCUUGAAUGAUAUCCAGCCAACCAAAUGUGUUUUAAAAGAAAAAUAAGUAAUUGCACUAAACUUAACUGUAAAUGAAAAAUUAACGGACACUUGCUAAUAUUUACUUUUGCAAUUUUUUUUCUAUCAUUAUAAAUAAUAAGUUGCUUUAAAAUUAAAUUGCAGGUAAUCAUUUAGAAAAGCAUUGAAUUGUAAGUGAAACAAAGUUUUAAAAAAAUUUAAAUAUUAAUUUGAAUUCUGAAAUUUUGAAUUCAAAUUAUAUUUUUCACAAUCACAAGUUGCAACAGGAUCCUACUCAUUGGAGUUAUUGUUUCUAGAAACGGCUCCUGUCCCUCCAAACCUGCCCCUCCUCCUGGGCGGUUACAUGUGUAUAGUGGUGUGUGUAAGCGCGUGUGCGUGCAUUCUUUUGUGUGUGCGUAGACCUGUGUGUAUGCACGCAGGCAUGUGUGUGAGUUUGUAUGUGUGUGCAUGUGUAUGAGCGUCCAUGUGUGUAGGACAUGGACACCACCCACCAGGAGCAGCGGAUUCCAGGGCACGGUGCUCAGGACCAGAGGCCGGUGGUGCUUUAGAGAUCCCUAGUCCAAGCUGAAAAAGGCACCAAAUGCCAAGGACGAUCAAAUGGGAACAAUAAGCAAUCGUGAUUGCUCAAAAAUGUUACAAUAAUCCGUUUAUUCCAAGAAAACAUUGGUUUUUAACUAUCUGCCAAAGAUUUCGCCAAGCUGGUGUAUGAUUGAAAUAUAGUCGGAUCUCCAUGUACAAAAAAAUUCGAUGGGUAGAAAUUUCGAUACAUUGAAGUGAUUUUAAUUUUAGCAUUAUUGCUUCAGAAAUAUUAAAAUUAAGUUUCUUAUACAAAACUCCUGCAAAAGAAAAAAUUGCUGUUAUUGCCUUUUACCUGCUCAUGGCUGAAUAAUACCUUUGAUUAUAGUGGCUCCCCUUUUUUACUCGACAUUAAUUUUCGCAAGGCAAACGGUAUAAAAUGGAAUAAAAUUACCCAAUAUGUUGUGAGAAAUAUUGUGAUACAAAGAGAUUUUCUUUGAUAUAGAGAUAGUUUUUCUAUGUAACGAACAUGGUGAUUUGUUAAAAGUUUGAGCAUGAAAAAUUUCGACACGGAGAAGUUUGAUGCGUGAAGUUUCAACUGUAUUUUGCAAUGAAUUUGCUGUGAAGUAAAACGCCAAAUAAUGCUAACUGAUCAUUUUAAGCUUAGUAACAUUGUCUGAGGCAAUCACAAUUCUCUCCCCUUUCUGUUUGAUUUGUAGUAAAAUUAUUCAGCUUUUUGCUUUUGUAUUUCCUUAUGAUGCUUUAAAAUUUUCAUAUUUCUCACUGGUUUAUCUUCGUAGUUAUUGAAAUUAAUAGUGAAAAAUGAUUUCAAGCUAGCUUUUUUUAAUAGUAAAUUUAUUUCUUUUUUUAGUUCAUCUAUUUUUUUAGCUCAGAGUUUUUUAUUUUAUUAGGACUAAAGUGGAGAAUUUUUCAUUUCAUUAUAAGCUUUUCACUAUAGUAGAGAGAAAUCAAGACAUGACUUGAUUUAAGAUGAGCUAUAGUAAAAUUUAUUCGAUUAGUGUCACAGUAUUUGCUAGGUAGUUUUGUGUUCUAAUUCUGUUGAAACUUUGCCAAGAGGCUUAGAUUGUAGAAAUUAUUAAAAUGAUCUGUAGAGUAUCUUUAUACAUUUAAAAAAUAAAACAAAUCUAUACAUCCUAUCAGAGUAUCAUUUUAAAAUUUUACGCAUUUAAAUGAAUGUUUGCAGAAUUUGCUUAUUUUGUGUUAAUAAAAAUGGUCGACAUGGAAAAAAAAACAACCUUUAACAAAUAUUUCUUUAACAAAUUGUUAUACCAAAUAUAUAUGAAAUUUUUGCCUACAUUAUGUAUACCAUUCAACUAAUUACAUCAAAAAAAUAUCUUUACCACCUGCAAAAAUAUUUUCAAUAUUAUAUGUACUUACGAUUCCAUUAACGGUAUGGAAUUUCAAAAAUUGGAAAAAAUAUGACUUUGUAAAAGUUAAAGUGUAGUAUGUACAAACAUAUAAGUGCUGUGUAUAUAUGAGAAAAGAAUAAAUAUUUCUUUUAUAAUGUA